AUGGCUGGGCUCCAGACCCCAGACCAGGCCCUGGGUGUGCAAGGCGAUGAGGACACUGGCGACGGGCUGCAGUCCUCCCAUCGCAUGCUGAGCUUCAGCGACGCCCUGCUGUCCAUCAUCGCCACCGUCAUGAUCCUGCCUGUGACCCACACGAAGAUCUACCCAGAAGAGCAGUUUGACACAAGCAUACAGAAACUUCUAGCAACCAGAAUUGCUGUUUACUUGAUGACGUUUCUACUCGUGACCGUGGCAUGGACGGCACACAUCAGAUUGUUCCAGGUUGUUGGGAAAAUAGAUGAUACGCUGGCCUUGCUCAACUUGGCCUGCAUGAUGACCAUCACGUUCCUGCCAUACACCUUUUCUUUAAUGGUGGCCUUCCCUGAUGUGCCUCUGGGCAUCUUCCUGUUCUGUGCUUGUGUCAUCACCAUCGGGCUCGUUCAGGCGGUGAUCGUGGGCUACGCAUUCCACUACCCGCACCUCCUGAACCAGCGGAUCUCGCACUCGGCCCACAAGGCCGCCUUCCGGCAGCACGUGCUGGGCGUCGUCCUCCGUGGCCCCGCGCUGUGCUUUGUGGCCGCUCUCUUCUCCCUGUUCUUCUUCCCUGUGUCCUACCUGCUGAUGGCGACGGUCAUCUUCCUCCCCUACCUCAGCAAAGCAGCCGGCUGGUGCAGGGACAGGAUUAUGGGCCCAGGGGAGCCCCCCGCCCAGAGCCUGGACUUCUUCACCUUCGACCUGCACGAGCCCCUCAGCAAGGAACGCGUGGAGGCCUUCAGCGACGGCGUCUACGCCAUCGUGGCCACCCUUCUCAUCCUUGACAUCUGCGAGGACAACGUUCCGGACCCCAAGGACGUGGAGGAGCAGUUCCAGGGCAGCCUCGUCACAGCCCUGGGCAGCUUCGGGCCGCACUUCCUGGCCUACUUCGGCUCCUUCGCCACCGUGGGCCUGCUCUGGUUCGUCCACCACUCCCUCUUCCUGCACGUGCGCAGGGCCACGCGGGCCAUGGGGCUGCUCAACACGCUGGCGCUGGCCUUCGUGGGCGGCCUGCCGCUGGCCUACCAGCGGACCUCGGCGCUGGCGCAGCAGCCCCACGAGGAGCUGGAGAGCAUCCGGGUCAGCUGCGCCAUCAUCUUCUUCGCCAGCAUCUUCCAGUUCGCCACGUGGACCGCGGCCCUGCUGCGCCAGCGGGAGGCCCUGCGCCCGUCGGCGCGCUUCGGCGGCCGGGAGCACGCACUCAUGUUCGCCAAGCUGGCCCUCUACCCGUGCGCCAGUCUGCUGGCCUUCGCCUCCACCUGCUUCCUGCGGCGCUUCAGCACGGCCAUCUUCCACCUCAUGCAGGUUGCCGUGCCUUUCGCCUUCCUGCUCCUGCGCCUGGGCCUGCGCCUGGCCCUGGCCGGCCUGCGGGGCCUGCGGGGCCUGCGGGGCCUGACCCGGCCAGCAGGGCCCCUGCGCAACGACCAGGGAGCUGCCGACGCACAGGCCCAGCUCCUCCCUGCUCCCUGCUAG